AUGCCUCACACCAUCACAAUCAAAGAAAGGCGUGGCAGACCUGGACACGUCUACUACCCUCUACAACUGUCCCUUGUAUCCAAACCGACGCCUGGACCCAAGCAGCUACUGGUCAAGAUCGAAGCUGCUGCGCUGAACCAUCGGGAUUUGUUUAUUCGGCAAAACCUUUACCCUGAUAUCUCCUUCAAGGCUCCACUUCUGUGCGACGGUGCAGGUGUGGUUGUUGAAGAAGGAGCCAGUUGUUCUUCAAACCUGCUUGGAAGACGAGUCAUCUUAACCCCAUGCCGUGGCUGGAAGGACAGCUUGUCUGGACCAGAAAGCUGGUCAAACUUCAACACUAUCGGUGGAGUCGGUCCUGACCAUACUAUUGGCACUGCUCAGACGUAUGCUCUUGUUGAUGAGAAAGAAGUAGAAGCCGCACCUGACCACCUCACUGCAGUCGAGAGCGCAGCUUUACCGGCAGCCGGAUUGACUGCAUGGCGUGCUCUCAUGGUGAAGUCUGGGAAUGCCAAGUCAGGUCACAACAUCCUCAUCACUGGCAUCGGUGGUGGUGUGGCUUUACAGAUACUCCAGUUUGCUACAGCCCUUGGUUGCAAUGUCUUCGUGACCUCCGGAUGCGGAGAAAAGAUUGCCAAAGCCACACAGCUGGGAGCUGUUGGGGGUGUGAUCUACAAGGAUGAAGAAUGGAACAAGAAGUUAGUCGAAAAGCUGCCGGCCGAAAGACCUUAUCUCGAUGCAGUGAUCGAUGGAGCUGGAGGUGACAUCGUGGUCAAAUCAAUUCCCUUGCUCAAGCCCGGAGGAGUCGUCUCUUCCUACGGUAUGACGCUGGCCCCGGUAAUGGACUGGCCAAUGCAAGCUGUCUUCAAGAACAUCGAACUCAAGGGCAGCACACUAGGCUCAAGAACAGAGUUCAGUGACAUGGUCAAGUUCGUCGAGGCGAAGCAGAUCAGACCAAUCAUUAGCAGGACUGUGAGAGGGCUUGACAAAUUGGAAGAGAUUGAAGGAUUGUUUGAGGAUCUCAAGGCUGGACGGCAAUUUGGUAAGCUGGUCAUUGAAGUUUAG